UCAGGAAAUGAGCCGACCCUCUUUUCAUCAGUCGCACAGCACUGAAGUAAUCAAUAUCAAUCACUAUUCCGAGGUUGAAUGGUCAUCUGACCAUCCUUAUCUGAUUCACCCCAAGGCCAUCCCGGUCCUCUCAAUUUGCCUGGCUCCAAAGCCCAUCUUUAUCUCCCACCAAGCCCCUCCCAGGGUCCCUCUACGGAGUGCACCGGAACGUGGUAACCACUUACACAGAGCUUCCCUUACCCAAAUCACUGCAGAUACCCAGGUCGUGUGCUCAGGACAGGCUUGUGUAAAACCAAUAUACCACAGUCCGUUUCCACCUCUUAUCUAUCUGGCUCUCUGUAGCCUGCUAUUGCUGCUAAUGGUGCCCCUAUACCGCCUGGGCCCCAGCUCGUUCGCCGGGGCCUCUCAUCGAGGCUCACGUAAUGCCAUCUGGCCUCCGCCAGGCUGAAACGCCCCAUCCCAGUGUUGCCUUCCCAACUGCCUGGCACGGACACGUAUUAUCCCGGAGGUGUUGGCAACAUCCAGGCUCCCAUAUAUAUUUCAUGUAGCGGCUUCUCUCUGAAAUGACACCAAAGAAAAUAUCCACUGAACACACAUUGAUUGUCAGUCACUAUAAUUAGAGUAUAACAUAAGAUAGUAAUUUCGUUCCACUGAUCAUCGCCAUAAUGUCUGCACUUUCCAAACAAGAUCAGGACUUCAUAUGUCAAAGAGUUAUACUUAGUAUAUAUGCUCCUGCCUGCCACCUAUAUCAUUUCUUCGAUAACCAG